CCUAAGUUCGACCCCGUGCCCCGGAAAUGAUUUAGUCGCGAAUGAGCGACAGGUUUUCAUUCAUACGAGAAAGACGUGUUUGCUAGUUUAUCAAAAUAAGACAAUUAAUCGAGUAGGAAUUGAACAUUACAGCAAACAUGUUUUACCAUAUUUCUUUGGAGCAUGAAAUUUUACUACACCCAAGGUAUUUUGGCCCUAACCUCCUAAACACCGUGAAGCAGAAGCUUUUCACAGAAGUGGAAGGUACCUGCACUGGCAAGUAUGGCUUCGUCAUCGCAGUCACCACUAUUGACAACAUCGGGGCGGGUGUAAUCCAGCCGGGGAGAGGGUUUGUCCUCUACCCAGUCAAGUACAAGGCCAUUGUGUUCCGCCCAUUUAAAGGGGAGGUGGUUGACGCUGUGGUUACUCAGGUUAACAAGGUUGGAUUGUUCACAGAAAUUGGUCCCAUGUCUUGCUUCAUCUCUCGCCAUUCCAUCCCCUCAGAAAUGGAAUUUGACCCCAACUCCAAUCCUCCUUGUUAUAAGACACUUGAUGAGGACAUUGUAAUCCAGCAAGAUGAUGAGAUCCGGCUAAAGAUUGUGGGAACAAGAGUGGACAAGAAUGACAUUUUUGCUAUUGGCUCUCUCAUGGAUGAUUAUCUGGGUCUUGUGAGCUGAUUCGCCCCAGAGGAAGCACAUUUCACAUUGGACAUUUUAUGUAGUAGCCUAGUCAUUUCUUUGUUAAAAUAAAUAUUUUUCUACACUGAUUGAUAGGGUAUUACAGGUAGAGAAGCAUCAUAGUGACACCAUUGUAUUAUUAUGCACAACCUACAUUUGCUUUUAUUUGAUGUGUAAGAUUGAAAGAAAACC